AUGGCGACUACCAACCAACGGCGACACGUCGGCGAUAUCACUGGAGUGACUGUCGUGGAUGAGGUUGAGUUGAAACGGCUUAAGCCAGAACAGAUACUGUCCUUAUUGUUGUCUACUCGAACGUUCAUCUCGACGACCCCCACAAAUCAACUCGAGAACCACCGAGAGAUCGGCAAAGGCCAAACAGGAACAGUGUUUUCGGUGGCCGGGACGCCAUGUGUGCUGAAGGUGGCCAACGAGGGAAGGUCUGACCAGCUUUGGAACGAUUGCGUCAGACAUAGAACGGUCGAAGAAAGUUUCAAGUUGACUUCGAUCUCGUUUCGACGAGAGAUCAACAUUCCGCCGAUCUGCGACUGGGUUCCCGCCGAUAGUGAUCGGUUCUGGGAUCGAAACUUGCCCCUCAUUCCCGGUGGCCAAAUGAAGAGGAGGACCUACGCGCUGGUCACGGGCAGGAUCGACCCUGUCCCCGAAUCCGUAAGAGAGGCCCUUGUAGACGUCUUCGCGCCUCGAGAAAUCAGAGCCUGGAAACGAGCCUUUCUUGCAGAAGAAGCAAACAAAGACUGCUUGAUCCGCAUCUACAUGGGUCGCCGUAGGACGACGAAACGUACUACUAGUACUAGUACUUUCAAGCUCCGAAAUUUCGACAUGACCAUUGACGAAAUGGAAUUGUUGAGUCUUGAUACUACUUUGUUCGCUCGGACCAUGGCUGAAACCUUGGCCAUCAUGCACUGGAAGGCAGGCUUGGACGCCAACGACGUCGAGUUUGUCAUAGGCACGGGCCCAAUCAUAAAACCGGCAGGCAGCGUUGACGACUUUGCCGCGGCGACCAAGGACACCGCUCCUUGCCGGCUCGCCUACGACCCCCAUGACCGACCACUCGGCAUAUGGCUGCUCGAUUUCGACCAGUGCAAACCCUUCGACAUGAAAGAGCCGGAAAAAGGGAUCAAGCAGUUGCGGGACGGCUUCUUUUUCAACGAUCCAUACUAUCCACGACCCUCGACGCUCGGCAACGACAAGGACAACAAGCUCUGGCAGAUGUUCAGAGCAAGAUACCUCGACGUCGGUAAAGCCUUGACUGACAAUGACGGCCCUCGACAAUUCAUCGGCGCCGUGGAGCAGGAAGCCCGGCGCCGCGCGGCCGGAGGAUCUAUGUUCCAGUGA